AUGAACAUCCCCACCAUCGUCGUCACUACGCCCACUCCAACAGCCCCCACAUUUGAAGACCUGUACCAUGAACCCGAAUCCGGCUCCGAGUGGCUCCCCCCCCCCCUCUCUCCUAAUGUGACACUGGGCAUAACAGUUUACAAAGCAGCUUUCUUCAAGCUUGCCUUCAUCAUUGAGCGUGAUGUGGCGCCAGUGACUGGUGUCGUCGGGGAGGCGCAUUCUGCCCAAAGGACGGAGUCUGUGCAUCUAGACAUCGUCCGGCCUUUCUAG